AUGCCCAGCAUUAUCAAUGAGGGCUUUGAAGGGAACGCUGUGGCGGCGCCGAAGCGUAAGAGGAGCGACGAGGCUGGGGAGAAGCAGGAGCAUGGCCAGCAUGAUCAGCAGGAGCAAGGCCAGCCCAGCAGGAUUCGGGUUGGCGGCUCGUUGAUGCCCAUAGUGGGUUUCGGUACGUACCUGAUUGCCGACGAGGAUUGUGAGCAGCCGGUCACUUGGGCGUUGGAGGCGGGCUACCGACACAUCGACACGGCCGAGUUCUACGCUAACCACAGCGCCAUCGGAAGGGCAUUGAAGGCCUCUGGCCUGCCGCGGGAAAGCGUGUUCAUCACAGACAAGGUCUCGCCAGACGGUAAGUUCGGCGCCCCCCCCAAGAGCUACGACGGCGUGCUGCAGAGCAUCAGGAACCAGCUCAAGAAAUUGGACACACCCUACGUGGACCUCAUCUCGGCACCCCCCGACCAUCCUCCUGCACCACCCGUUCCCUCCGUCCGCAGACAGGGUCAGACAGUACACUGCGCUGGUAGACGCGCAGAAGGCUGGGCUCGUGAAGGAGAUCGGCGUGUCGAAUUAUAG